CUGCCCGGGGCGGGCCGUGGGCGCCCAGGCGCCCGCCUCCGCCGCCGCCGGUGGCCGCUGACGUCAGGGAGGCGAAACCCAGAAGAAGAAGAAGAAGAAGAACGGCACGAGGGCGGAAGGGGAAAAACUUUAUUAUUUUUUUCUUAUUCUCUUCUGGGGCUGAAGUGAAGGGCAGGCUACUGCGCCAGCGCGGAGAGAGCCGAGCGCGACACCAGCCCGCUGCGCGCGGAGGAGCUGGGCCCCGGAGGCCCGAAGGGGCUCCCGGCAUGUGGGACCCCCAGGACUUUGAGCGCCACUGGCAGGCCGAGUUCCCUGGGGAGGAGGCGCCCGUCAUGCGGCUGGACUCGGUACUGGACAUGGAGCGCGAGCUGGAGCGCAGCAAACUCAACCUGAAGUGGCUGCAACAGGUGCUGGCUGAGGAAAAGUUCAAAGUCGUCUACCUGCAGGCGGCCCUGGAGAAGCGGGACCUCGGCUGCGGGCGCCUGGAGGGCGGAGUCGGGGACAGCAGGGGGUCCUCGGCUGAGGAGCCGGCCGGGCCGGAGAGGGAGCCGGCGCCGCGCGAGGAGGAGGGCGCAGCGGGCGGCGGCGGAGACCCCCCGGGCCCGUCGCUCCCUACCACGGAGGUGGCCGCGAAGGCCGAGAGUCCCCCCUACCUGUGCCGGGACCUUCCCACCUGGCCCAGGGCGGUGGGGGCUGGGGGCGCGGUUCGCAGCUUGACCGCCGCCAUCCACCAGCAGCUACUGCAGCCUCGCCUCCUCUUCAGGCCGCGGGAGGACUGCGCGCCCCCCGACCACGAUGGCACAGUUCCCAGCGCCCCGGGAGAGGAGCGGUCCGCCCGGACCCGCGCGGGGCGGGGCUCGGAGGAGGACGAGCCGGACGCCUCGGGCGCGGACGAUGGGGGCAACAGCAGUGACCACGACUUCGAGAUGGUGGAUUUGAACGAGAAAUACACUCUCAGCCAGUUGCUCGUGACCCCUUGCCGGCCCGGGACCUGCGAUGAGGCGGAAAAGCCAGCGCGGGCGUACGGUUCCCAUCGCUGGAUGCACCUGAUUCUCGGGAGCCGGCGGCAGCCGCGCGGGAGCCGCGACUUGGAGCAGCUAGAGGCAGAGGCCAGGGACGGGCGGGGCUCGCCCCCGGCGGCAGAGGAGCUCCCCCAGCGUCGGGCUCGCGAGCCCCUCCCCCCGUGGCGGCGCAAGAGGUUCCUGGGGCUGCCCGAGCGGGACUCGCCCGGCCACAGCUCGCCCGAGAGGGGCAGUGACUGCAGCCACAACAGCUCCGACCACGAGGAUGGCUCCUUUGCAGGACCUGGUCUUAGCCAUGUUGUGGUGGAAUCCCCUUUCGGUGGUCAGCACAGUGCCUUGCAUACAUCCCCAGCAGACCCCAUUUCAUCCGUUGCUGAGGUGAACCAUGAGGGCUGCCACCUGCCCUUGGGGCUCCUGCGUGGACUUGGCCUCACAGACUUCAGCUACGGGGCAGACGACUACGACGGAGAGGGGAAUGAAGAGCAGAAGAGGCCCCCGGAGGGCUCGGAGACCAUGCCGUACAUCGAUGAGUCGCCCACCAUGUCGCCCCAGCUCAGUGCCCGGAACCAGGGCGGCGGGGACAGCAUCUCCCCCACCCCACCGGAGGGGCUGGCACCUGGGGUGGAAGCAGGGAAAGGCCUGGAGAUGAGGAAGCUGGUUCUCUCGGGGUUCCUGGCCAGCGAAGAGAUCUAUAUUAACCAGCUGGAAGCUCUGUUGCUGCCCAUGAAACCCCUGAAGGCCACUGCCACCACCUCCCAGCCCGUGCUCACCAUCCAACAGAUCGAGACCAUCUUCUACAAGAUCCAGGACAUUUACGAGAUCCACAAGGAGUUCUAUGACAACCUCUGCCCCAAGGUGCAGCAGUGGGACAGCCAGGUCACCAUGGGCCACCUCUUCCAGAAGCUGGCCAGCCAGCUUGGCGUGUACAAAGCGUUUGUGGAUAACUAUAAAGUCGCUCUGGAGACAGCUGAGAAGUGCAGCCAGUCCAACAACCAAUUCCAGAAGAUCUCCGAGGAACUGAAAGUGAAAGGUCCCAAGGACUCCAAGGACAGCCACACGUCAGUCACUAUGGAAGCUCUGCUCUACAAGCCCAUUGACCGAGUAACCAGGAGCACCCUUGUCCUACACGACCUGCUGAAGCACACACCUGUGGACCACCCAGACUACCCGCUGCUACAGGAUGCCCUCCGCAUCUCCCAGAACUUCCUGUCCAGCAUCAAUGAGGACAUUGACCCCCGCCGGACUGCAGUCACAACCCCCAAGGGGGAGACGCGGCAGCUGGUGAAGGACGGCUUCCUGGUGGAAGUGUCGGAGGGCUCCCGGAAGCUGCGGCAUGUCUUCCUCUUCACAGACGUCCUGCUGUACAUCCAGGCGCUGAAGGCCGUCUUUGAUGCCAAUAACAAGGACAUCCUGCUGAUGCUGAGUGACACGGACAUCAAUGCCAUCGCUGGCACCCUCAAGCUAUACUUCCGGGAGCUGCCCGAGCCCCUCCUCACAGACCGACUUUACCCAGCCUUCAUGGAGGGCAUCGCCCUGUCAGACCCUGCUGCCAAGGAAAACUGCAUGAUGCACCUGCUCCGCUCCCUGCCGGACCCCAACCUCAUCACCUUCCUCUUCCUGCUGGAACACUUGAAAAGGGUUGCUGAGAAGGAGCCCGUCAACAAGAUGUCCCUUCACAACCUGGCUACUGUGUUUGGCCCCACGUUACUGAGACCCUCAGAAGUGGAGAGCAAAGCACACCUCACGUCGGCUGCCGACAUCUGGUCCCACGAUGUCAUGGCACAGGUCCAGGUCCUCCUCUACUACCUGCAGCACCCCCCCAUUUCCUUCGCAGAACUGAAGCGGAACACACUGUACUUCUCCACCGAUGUGUAGCCCGAGGUGGGAGCGUCUGGCGGGGGUGGCCCGAGCCAGCCUCUCCAGCCGGGGACCCAACCUAGACUUGAAGGACUACAAUAGAGAACUCCCAAACCCAGCGCUCCAGACUCCAAGGGACACAGACUUCCAAGAACUGGAAGACGUGCAUCUUUUGUGCCACCUUGUACAAAGCCAGCUGACCCGGCCCCAGCCUUGCUGCGCACCCCGGGCUCUGCCCUCUGUUCCUCUAGUUGUGUCUAAUGCUCCGUGCUGUUCGGGGAUUGGUUUACGUCUACUUGUCAUGCAGGAAAGGUAGUGACCGACCCGGUGUGGGCACACAGACAGCCUGCUUUGUUCUUUCAUUUCCUCCAACACUUUCUUUCCUCCAGUCCAGUCCAAGGGCUUUUAUUUUGCGCUCUGUGACUGCUGCCAGCUUCUCCUCUCUUGGCCCUGCCCCCAGAUUGCAGUCUCCUGGCAGCCUCCCCUCGGUCUUCCUCCGCCCUCUCCUCCCUCCCAGCCUGCCUGCAUGCAUGUGCAGCCUCGGUUUUUGAUCCAGCGCCUCGAAAGCUCUGAGGAGGCCCUGGGCGGCGGUGGCAGUGGUGGCCCGUGCCAUGCCACCGCCUGCCGCCCCCGGCCUUUCCUUGCCCUCUGCCUGCGGAAGCGCACCUGCUUGCCUUGCCGCCUGUGCAAAUGUUGGACAAGGAGACAGACUCACACGAAUCCUCAGCUCAGCACAGGCUGGAGAGCGGAUUUCGGGGAUUUUUCCACCUGAGAAUCUCCAUUUCUGGGUUUAUCUGUUCUGUCUCCAGUACCAGUGAGGCAUCUUUGACUGUUUCUUCUGCUUUUCAGUUCCUUUUCCCUUGGUGUUCUAUUUCCUUUGAGUAUAAAGACUCACAAGUGACCUGCUGUCAAGGUAGCCAGAGGGUCAGGAAAGAAUUGGGGGAGGUGGGAGGGUCAGGCCGGCGAGGAAAAAGGACAGGUGGGACGUUGAGAGGAGCGCCAGGGAGCGCUGGGUGUCCUGGGCUGGGGGGAAAGAGGCCCUCGGCAGCAAGCAGUUGUGGUGGCUUUUCUCGUGGAGCUGGGCUUCUGGGAGGUCAGCUACUACGGCUGAAGCAGGUGUCCAGAAACAGGCAGGUUCUGUCCAGGAGGGCUAGUCCUUCCCGGUGCCUCCCGUACCUCAUGGCACCUUUGCCUUAGGGUUUACACUUUCUCCACAGCCAAGCACUGCCAGGGGCAGCCCCCACGGCCACGUGUGCUCCAGGCCCUGGGAAAGGCAGGCACGGUCCAGCUAGCCAGCCGUCAUGGUGCUGCCUUCCACCCCCGGCUUCUAGAUGCAGCUUUGCGGGUGAACUCGGGGAAACUCCAGGAGCUGGGGAAGAAUGAGGAGUCACAGGUACCUGCCUCUCUCGGGACUGGGUUUUGCAGGGGACCCUCGUUGUGGACGCUCUGCUCCAGAGUAGGGGAUCAGCAGGUUCCGAUCCCAACUCCGAGGCCCGCUGCUCAGCACUGGAAAGGAGUGAGAAGUACCCCCAAAGUGCAAUUUCUUCCCACCUGAGCAGCGGCCACCGGCCUCUGGCAGUUAGCCUGCGGGGGCAGACACUCCCGGGCUGCAGAGAUUGGAGCUGCAGUACACAGCUCCCUGGCUCUCCUGUGUGGCAGAGACUAGAUUCUGGGCCCUCAGGAUUGGAGAGAAGAGCUCCCCUAGCUUGAGCUCAGGGCUGUUUUAAAGAAGGGUUUAGGGCCCUAAAGCCGUAGCACGUGCUCAGUGAGAGGAAGGGCCCUUUCUCAUCCUGUUUACACCUGUUGCCCAGUCAUGGGCAGAACGGUACACAUUCUGUGCACAUCGGAGGAAAGAGCUGCCUAAGAGGAGGGAAAUACCGACCCCCUAGCUGCCUGCUAGCAGCUUAGCAAGGAGCCCCGCUCCCUGAGACGGGGUAGAGAAGGAAGUCCGCUUGAGUCUAAAGAUCCCAGCGUCUGAUCAUCCCUGGAGUCUGCUCAGCACUCAGGAGCUGGUAUGUGGCAUGGAAGGCUCUUGCUUCCACAGCCAUUGACUGGAAUGAACUGGAGGCCCAGCUAGAGCUAUUUACAGCCCCAAAUGGGUGCCUCCCACCUCCCCAAAACAAGGGAGGUUUGCUUCUCAGCAUCAGGUAGCUACUGCAGCCCCCCAAACCUCACUUAGGCAAUGAGAAUGGGAGGAAGGCCAGAAGGGCUGAGAAAUGCAAAAGGCUCAGAAUAUUUAUAAAUUGCACCCCCAAGAGUGGGGAGGGGCGGGUACCAGACCUGGACUGAGCUGCACCAAGGAAAUAGCCCAUGGGUUCUCCUACGAGACAGGGACUGUGCAGCCCAGAAGCCCCAGCCACUGUGCCCAGCAGGGCAGGCUGUGCCAACAGAGGCCCAUCAGACAGGCUACAGGAAUCCUGCAUGCCUGUCCUUGCUGGCAACGGCUGUGGGCUGUCGGUGUUUGCUGAUACAGGUAGGAUGGGACACUUCAUUAAUAUUUGACUUUAAUAAGUUGGUAAGGAUAUAUUUUUCUUUGGUCUAUGUUCUGUUUCAACUUACGUAGAUUAUAAGUUGAUGUAAACCACGUGAGAGGAAAAUGUUAAUAAAAAAAAAUGCAAAGCCCCAACAUUUGCACACAACUCAGCCCUGUGGUGUGGACGUUUGUGUUCUCAGGAGUCCAGGGAAGACCACCAAUCUAAAUAUUUAACUCUUCCAGCUGCAUCCAGAUGUGCUUCCAACAAUCUGUUUACCUAGUGAACUCCCCCUUGAGCUUCCCUUUGGCCUGUGGGGACUGUGGCGGUUUUGGGGGGCGCUGAGCCCGCGCCCCCUCCUUGCUCUUUCACCAACGCCUCCAGCUCAGUCACCAGCCGGUUCUUCUCAUGAAAUACAACUGCCCCACCAGGGGUGUGGCCAUCAGUAUGCCUCAGAGAGAUGGCAGGAAGUUGUCCAUGCAAGUGGAGGCUUAUUUUAUGUAAACUUUUCUCUACAUUUUCCUUGGAAGUAGCAGGUCUUUGGGGCAGCCUUUUGUCCUCAUCUGCUUGUUGGAGAGGCUGGAUCCCCUAGAGGGCCCAUCCUCCCUGUAAGAGAGCUAGUGGGGUUAAUGUAGGCUCCCACCAGCCUAAGCCAUUGGACACUGUGUUUAUUCUGGCGAUCAGGAACAGAUGUCUCUGAAAAUUGGUGUUUGGUUUAUGAGCUCAUACUGCCUCCUUAGCCAUCUACAACAGGAAACUAUUCAUCUCCUCUCUUGACUGAACAGUCAACGUGGACAAUGCUUGGCUUAUUGAACUGAUGGCUACUGACAGCCCAGGGCUCAUCUUUUUCAAGGCAGUCGUGAGGGCAGAGUUUCCUGUACUCAGUCAGUCAAUGUAUUUGACCCCACGCACUAGACUGGAUGGCAGAAGAUGCUGGGCUUCUAGCACUGUAACAGGUGCCAGGGUAGGAGUAUCUACUCUUGCUCUAAGAAGUGCUUAUAGGUGACUUAUUUACGGACGGUAGAGGAAACACGCCUACAUUUGUUCUCUGACCUGUGAGGAUACUCCAGCCAGCCUAGCAGCAGUGAAGCCUCGUGACUGAGACUGGGACAGGCAUUCUAUAGAAUUCCCCAAAGAAGGACAUGAGUCUUGUGUACCAGCUCACUCAUUCCAAAGGCAACAGCAGACACGGCCAGAGGAAGGUGUUACCAGCUGGGUUUGACAUUAUCUCACACACACACACUCAGGAUGUCUGGACGGUUCAGCUGAGUCUGAAUUCUGGUUAAGGGUGGGUGAGCUGGAAGACAGCAGACAAGGGGGCAGAAAGCCAAAAAAAAGGCAAAAAGGCAAAGGCAGAAUAAAGGAGACGUUACCACUGGCUUAAGGUGGCUGGAAUUACAUGGCCCCCACCAAGCUACCUGCCUGUCCUGAGUUCAUCUUCACCCCACCACCAAAGCACCCGAGUAAAGCAGCAUCUGUGGCAGAUCCCAAUUGUAAAAGGCUAUUUCUUUGCACAUGGCACAGAAUGAGGCUGAGCUGCUGCUGUCAGAAAAAAGGCUACCAGGUCAAGUCAAAAACACUAAUAUGUUUAAGGAAGAAAAAAAACCACUGACACCAGAGAAAAUUGGUCGUGGUGAACAGCUCAACACGGUCUGAUCAUAACCAGUGGCUGCUGUGACUUAGUCACCAGGAUGACCAGAGCAGGACCCUUCACACACUGUGUCCUUGAGCCGGGCCUGGUCUGGUGGUCAGAGCAGAACACCAGUGUGUGGUUUAGACCGCAGGCAUUCCCAUUGGCCAGCCCACAGGAGGGUUUUUUUUUAGAAGAGGCCAGCAGGGGUUAUGCGUGGAAUUUCAACGCAUCCUAGGACAUGGCUAGGCUGGGCUUCUUUAGGGGAAGGCCCUGGCCAAUGUAACAAUCUCAGUGAGGAUAACACUACUCUGCAGACCCUGGGAACCUAACAUUCCCAAACUUCUCA